AUUUAGCUCAGUCUCAAAGUAGCUUUCGCUUUUGAGGAUACACGGUGAAUCGCAAACAUGGAGGUCGCUGUGUACAAAUGCAGUGAUAGAAAAGGAAACAAAACAUACAUAUGAACGGUUAUUAUUGAUCAAGUCGCUUAUUAAGUCCACUUAUUAUAUCAUGUUUUCAUUUCUUGUCGUCGUCCUGGAGAAAUUUGAAGCGAUUGUAGCUGACGGGGAAUCCCCUUGGUAAAACCGAUACUAUAAAUAGAUCAAAUGACGCCCUUGGCAGGUACGAAGAAAAGAAUAGAUUGACUAUAAGAGAAUGAAUACCACAAGUGGGACAAACAAUGGACUUUGAAACUACUGGAAAUGAAGAUAGUGACAUUGGUGGUAAAGUCACGCUGUGGGAUGAGGAAGGUGGUGGGAUGAGGGACAGUGAUCGAAAGGAGGUGGAUUUGGGUCUGUCAAGGAUACAUCUGCCACCAUCACAGCCGACACAGGAUGCUAGUGACAACAUAAUCCCUUACAGCCAUGGGUCACGUGCAAGAAGUCUCGCCCCUGGGGGGGAUGGGGAAGUCGGCAGCAAUGCUAACAGUGGACAGGGAAGCAGAUCAUUGGCUGAAUCCCGACCCUACGUACAUGGUGUGGUACCGAACUGUUUGGGUGUGGAUGUGGCUGCUGACCACCACGCCCGUCCUGGACAGAGUGGUAGGCCUUUGGUUGAUGCAGAACAACACAGACACACUAUGGUACCUGACUUGGUGGUUGAUCAAGGGAACAUGAACACCCAUCAUCUCAGACCAGGGAACACCUCCUGGGGAGAACAGAGACAUCAGGGGUACCCUGCAGAACCUGCCCCACGGACCUGGGGAGAACAGAGACAUCAGGGGUACCCUGCAGAACCUGCCCCAUGGACCUGGGGAGCAAGAAGAAGCUUGACCAAACAACCCGUACCAGCGAUCCCAUCAUCCCACCCACAACAUGGCAAUAGUUCCGAUCACGACAGUCUCCACGUGGCAAACCCAGACCAUUCACAGAUGGGACCUGAUGACAACUGGGACGGGGAUGGAAUAGAACGUGAUCAGGAUUACAACAGCAGUCAAUUGUCAAGUCUUUCAGUACCGACUCUAGAAAGUUCAAAUUUACUUGAUUCAUCGUCAGGCUAUCACACUUCCAGAACAUCAGAACCGCUACAAGAGGACAGGAGGAACUAUCGCAGGUCUGGGAGGUCCGCAGUUGGCCAAGUUAGCGCUGGACACGGGGAAGCAGUCAGUUCAUUCAGUGGUCAGCAUGGUCAAGAGUACCUUCCACCAGACAUGGACAGCCAUGACUCCAUUCCACCCCACUGUCGUAUAGACAGCAUUGGUCCACCUCUGAAGACAAGUCCAAAGAAGAAACCACCUAAAAGCAGCAGAUCAGGAACUAGCUCAAGAAAUGUGGACCAGGUUAUUAACCAGAGAGGGACAGGUGGGGAAGCUGGGAUGGAACAACCUCCAUCUUCUCGGGCAACUCCAGAUCAUGUAAGGCGUAGUCAUGGUGACAGAGAGGUCAUUACUACAAACACCCGUCGCAAACAGAGAAAGAAAUCCAAAGAAAAACCGUAUCCCGUUGAAGUUGAUGACAACAAGAAAAAGAAAAUGGAGGGAAUUCUGCCCAUGUUCACUGACAGGGUUGACCCAAAUCUUCUGCAGCAGCAUCUCAGGGGAUGCCUUAAGGACGAACAAUGUGAACACAUAUCUCAGCUGUCUGUUGGGAAAGUCAAGCCGAGGAAGAAGAUCAACCAGGAACUGUGGAAGUACAUACAGAGGGCACCUUACUGGUGGCAGAAUCUGGAGAGAGCGUUGGAGGAAUGUGGAUACAAUGACCUGUUGGCCAAACUGAGAGAAGCAUAGCUUUGUGGUUCUUAGUCUCUGCUACAUACCCUCGAUCUUCCCCUUUCCGUUAUCAUGUCCUACUCAACUCCAGCAACCCAUGCUCAUCCCCAUUGAGUUCCUUUGUACUUGGUGGGCGGUCAGGUAGCCUAGUGGUUAAAGCGUUUGCUCGUCACGCCGAAGACCCGGGUUCGAUUCCCGACAUGGGUACAAUGUGUGAAGCCCAUUUCUUGUGUCCCCCGCCGUGAAAUUGCUGGAAUAUUGCUAAAAGUUGCGUAAAACCAUACCCAAUCACUCACUUAAAAAAAAUCAGCUCCUUUUCAAGAAUAUUAUAUACGUCUACAUGGUUCUGUAUGGUGUCAGAUCCCCUAUAUUUCAUGGUAAUCAGUGCAGAACGGAGAGCCUUCUUCCUUGUAACAGAGCGCAGUCUUCUCAGUUGCCACCAAUUGCUGUGCAGAGAUGUGUCCCUAAAGCUGGCUAGAAACCUGAUUGUGGAUGGAAUCCCAGAUUUGUCAGCCCCAUACUUGAGCUCGUGGGUUUCACUAAAGCGGUAAAAACAUCCAAUAGCUGCAUCACUUUCAGCUUUCCACAUCAUUUGUUUGUUUGUUUGUUGUUUAACGUCUGCACUCAGCAGUAUUCUAGCUGCAUGAUGGUGGUCUUUAAAUCGAGUCUGGACCAGACAAACGUGUGAUUGACACAUGUGCAUUGAUCUACAUAAGUGGGACAGAAUGACAUGCAUCAACAAGGUCUGACCAGUCAAUCCCGUAAGUAGCCUCUUACGGCAAGCAUGGGUUGUUGAAGACCAAUUCUACUCUGGAUCUUCACAGGUCCUUUCCACAUCAAGCUGACAUGCCUGGGUGUGACUGACAGGGCUUGACAAGUGUUCCCUGAACUACUGGGCCAUAACGAAGAGCAAACACAUGCCUAUCUUCUGUUUUCUUUGUUUACUAUCUGCCUGUGGUCAUGCUGAUUGAAUCUUGAACAGGCAAUCAUAAUUGCAGAGUUGAGAAAUUAACUUUUUCAGAAAUACAUUUGAAUAUAUUUUGAACCAUGUUGAGGUGAAUAUAUAUCAAAUCUCAGCAUAUAGAAUGAGUUGGGGGGAGAUGUCAAGGUUGAACUGUUGGCAGUGAACCUUGGACAAUGAUUGUAAAUAAACAACUGAAAUUGU